AUGAAGACCAUGAAGUCCCGCCGUCCGGGGGGUGACCGCGGGGGCAUUCGCAAGCGGGGCGCUACUCGUACCGACCGCGAUGGCGACAUGGAUAUGGAUGGCCCUGGUGGACGGGGAGGAAAACGUCGUGGGGGUGGUUCGAACCGCCCGAGUGGCUCAGGCUCAGGUUCUGGCGCUGGAGUUUCUCGCCCUUCUCGUGCUGGCGGCGAUCGACCCCAGGCACGCGACAAGACCUUGGAUGCCAUUCAGAAAGCACUCCUAGAUACCCGUGAGACACAAGUCAAUAUUCGAAAGGGAAAACCGAAUUCCUCGGGUAAUCUGGAGUCUUUCGGCGUUCGCGGCUGGAAGGCGAGCAACGCUGCCAGCAAUCGAGAUGGCGGAGUCGAGAGUCUGCUUGCAUUUCUCGAACGAAAAAUGAACAGCCACACCAAGUCAGGACCGCGCGCGAAAAUCACCAAGUCGCGCGUCGAGGGCGACACUCUUGUGGUCUCCGUCCGGCCCGACCUCGCUGACAGGAUCCUUCGUGUCAAUGAUGCUUAUUUUGCUGGGGUGCAUAUUGUUGUGGAGCCCUAUGAUGGUUCCUCAAGCGCCGUGCUCGACCGUGAACUGGGGACCGCAACAAGCACAUCUCAAUCGACAGCUGACACCAAGUCAAAAAUGACAAUGAUCCUAUCCAAGCGCUACUAUCCUGAUACUAAGCUGCUCGAUCUUUCGAAACUCUCAUCUGACCCGGAUCUUGUUGCCAUGGGUAUCUUCAAUCAAACUUCGACCGAAUCCAAAUUCUUCCCGGCUCUGAUGAAGGUCUGGGAAAUGGGAUUCACCGACGCCACCCAGCGACGGGAAGCGGUCGAGAGUGUGAGCCUGGCUCACAACUCCCUCACAAAUGUCACGGCGGUGACUACACUCUCUCAGACCUUCCCCGAUCUCAAAAACCUCGAUCUCUCCCACAACAACUUGAAAGAUUCCCGCUCCAUAAGCGCGUGGCGAUGGAAGUUCCGCAACCUCGAAUUCCUCGACCUUACCGAGAACCCCUUCAGCGCAGAGUCUAAUUUCAAAGAGACUUUGAUGAAAUGGUAUCCCAAGCUGCAGACUCUGAACAAUGUCAUUGUCCGCACACCUGAAGAGAUUGCGGCCCAAAAGAAGACGCCAAUUCCCGUACAAGCCCCCCACUUCCAAGACGAGGGUCAAAUUGCGGAGAACUUCAUUCGCGCAUUCUUUGUGCGCUUUGAUAGCAAUCGGGAUGAGCUUGCUCAGAGUUUCUACGACAGUCAUUCGGAAUUCACCAUGAAUGUCAACACCUCUGCCCCUAAAGCGCAGCAGACCGAAGCUGCAGGAUGGGACCCAUACAUCAAGAAGAGUCGAAAUCUUCUCAAAAUCAACCAUCUGCCCGCACGCAUGUCUCGAUCCUACCUCGGCGCCGAUAAGAUUCUUGAGGUGUGGAAGAGCUUGCCAGAGACUCGCCACCCCGACAUGGCUGCCCACCCCGAGGAAUACUUGAUUGAAUGCCACCCAGUUCCCGGAUUGCCAGACCCUACCGGGCAAAGCCCUACCGGUGUCGGUGGGCUCAUGGUGAUGGUUCAUGGCAAGUUUGAAGAAAGCGUUGGGGGCAAGGUUGAGACGCGCAGCUUCGAUCGUACCUUUAUUCUCGGUCCUGGCAGUGGCGUUGGGGGCAUCCGGGUCAUCAAUGAUAUCCUGUGCCUUCGAGCUUACGGUGGUCACGAGGCGUGGAGUCCCGAGAACCAGGCCAUCCCGUACGCCACUGUCCCCGCCGUCCCUUCUGGAGUGGGAGCCACUGCGGCUGCUGUUCCUUCUGCGCCUCUUGUUACAGCGCCGGCCCCCGUACCCGCUGCGCCCCUUGUUCAAGCCGGCAUGCCUCCAGGUUACGGUGUUCCCGGCCCUGGCAAGACAGAGGUCCAGGUCCAGCAAGAGCAAUUGGUGGCGCAGAUGAGUGCGAAGUCGGGCAUGACGCUUCAGUUCUCAGAAAUGGCACUCUCUGGAAAUGGAUGGAACUUUGAUGCGGCAUGGCGAAACUUCGAGGAGCUCAAGGCUUCGGGGACGCUGCCCGCCAGUGCCUUCCUAUCUGCGGCCUGA